AUGCAUCUAGCCCGCCUCUCCAGUGGCGCCCCCCUUCUCCCUUACCUACAGCUGUUGCACCUGGGGGAGUCUAGCGAACGAUGCGAGGACCUCAGACUCCUGGUGUCCACAACCUUGAGCGAGCUGUAUCUAUGCUGCUCAUUCAACACACGUCCGGGCUCUGAACACGUCUUUCCAAGCGCGCUCCAGGACAUCCUCACCAACACGCCUUCCCUCACCUAUCUACAGCUUAUAGACUUCGACAGCCGCCUCUUGACGAUGGUCGCACCGGAAUUGCUCUAUCGGCUCAAAGAGCUAGAGGUUGGGGCGCGAAGGUCGAUGGAUUGUGGCCAAGUCCCUCAUCACGGGUUCCCAGACGUUCAGAGCCUUCGCAUCAUGUCCACUCUACCCAAACUCGAGCGACUUACCGUCGAUCUCAACUUCAGCUUGGCGCCUGCGUUCUACGGGUUCUGCUCUCUCACAAGCCUCAAGAUUACCGAUUUCAACCACAAUGCCGCAUACUUCCUCACAAUGUGCUCCUCGCCCCACCUCCGCGAACUGCACCUCGACUUCUGGGUCCGCGAGUCCUGGACAGGGCUACGAACGGUCUGUUCUGUGGUCGCACACCGGGCUCCUGAACUGCGAUCCCUCACACUCAGCUUCGAGGGGCUUCAAGAAUCCGAAUGGUCCCCGGAGCACACCCUUGAUGCCUUCUCUUCUCUCUUCGCGCUGCGACACCUGUCGGAAGUACAGAUUCGCGCCAACGAGGGCACGUUCGAGUUCUCCGACUCUAUCCUCGCCGCAUUUGCAGAGGUGUGGCCUGCGCUCGCCCGCCUUGACAUCUGUUGCCACCCGUUACCUAUCGACGCCGACGAUCCCGAUCUCAUCUUGGAUUUCCCCGCGCUCGCCGCCCCUCCCCUGGAGCCCGAGCCCGAGUUCCAGUCGGUCACGCUUCGCGUCCUUGACGCCUUCGCCCAGCACUGCUCGGGCUUACGGACGCUGCGUCUGCCGUACCUGUACCUCGCCGCUCCUGGAGAGAAUUCGCAUCCUGCUCAGCGCCCAGACCACCCCCUUCGCGAAUUACUGAUUUGUCGAUGCGACAUUGCGGACGGCGCGCGCGUCAAUGAUCUAGCCCAGGCCGUCGAGAACAUGUUUCCGCACAUUCACGUCGGGGACUCGCUAAAAGAGUCAUUGUGCUACCAAACACCUUCGAGCUCUACUUCGGGAUGGCGGGACAUCCUGCUUGCUGUGGAGGAGCGUCGCAAGGAGCGCUCUGUUGCUUAG